CUCAAACCACACGUGCCCUGUGGACUCCUGUAUAGUCUGUUUAAAACUUAUGUGCACGUUGGUGUUUUGGAUGAAGCCUUAGAUUUAGAUUGUUGAUUUGUAUAAAGCUGGACGGCUGCAACCAUGUCUGAUAAAGGCCGCGACGUCGAUUUAACAAGAGCUAAGCAAAAUACCGGCGUGUGGCUGGUGAAGGUUCCCAAGUACCUUGCACAGCAGUGGGGGAAAGCAUCUGGACGAGGAGAAGUUGGCAAGCUUAAAAUAACUAAACAUCAAGGAAAAACAAUGGUGUCCUUUAAUCUGAACGAAGAGCUGAGUGUGGUUGAAAAUUCAUCAGAAAAGUCGAAGUCAGUACGAGCCCCCAGAGAGCAUCCGUUCACGAUGCAGACGGUGGGGGGCCAGACCCUGGCCGUCUUCUCUGAGAGCUCCUCAGACCAGGUCACACUUGAAGGCAUGGUGGUACAACGUGCUGAAUGCAGACCCGCAGUUAAUGAGAGCUACAUGAAGUUAAAAAAAUUGCAGAUUGAGGAAUCGACCAAACCUCUUCGACUGUCUCAGCAACUAGAAAAAGCAGUUACCAACAAUUACAAACCUGUAUCUAAUCACUCAUAUAAUGUGGAAUUUGAGAAGAAAAAGAAAGAAGAAGGAAAGAGAGCCAGGGCUGAUAAGCAAAAGGUUCUGGAAAUGCUCUUUUCUGCAUUUGAGAAGCACCAGUAUUACAACAUUAAGGACCUGGUGGAGAUCACUAAGCAACCUGUGAUUUACCUGAAGGAAAUUCUGCGUGAGAUCGGAGUUUACAAUUCCAGAGGGCCUCACAAAAGCACCUGGGAGUUAAAACCAGAGUAUCGACAUUACCAAGAAGAGGACAAUGAAGAACGUAGUCAAUUUGUCUUCCGCAGUUGAGAAGGGCUCACGCCUCCGACGAUCCGCUCGCAGCCCUUAAUGG